GCAUUCCGUUUCGCACUCGGGAAAGGCGCGCCGAUGCCAACGGCGCGGCAGGUCCUGCGAUGGUGCUCGCUGCGCCUCGAGCAGCGACUGCAGUGGAUACGCCUAGUGCGACUGCUCUACCUCCAGGAGCUCAAGGUCAAGCCGUGGUGGCCGCGCGACCCGUUCUUCCCCAAGCGCGGCCGCGAGUCCUUCCGCGAGUACACGCAGCACACGCUCGAGCAGUCGUUGGCGGGCAAGACGCUGGACGCGGUCAUGAUUCUGCUCAGUUUCACCAUGGUGUACCUCUACAUCCACGUCGUGUGGUCCAGUGGCGAGAACAUCCCCAACGCCGGCAUAUCCUUCGCGACCAAGAUGAUUGGCGCCAUCUUUACCUUCGACUACAUGCUGCGGCUGUACGCCGCGCCGCUCCGGUGGAGCUACAUCCAGAGUUACGCGUCCGUCUUUGAUCUAAUUUGCAUCAUCCCGACAUGGGUCGAGAUAAGCAUGACGCAGGCCCAGCUGCUCGCCUUCUCCCAAACGUCGCCCGAGAACAAGCAGAUUGUGCAGUUUGUACGCGUCCUCAAGGCGUUCCGCAUCCUGCGCGCGUACCGCCUCUUGCGCUUCACGACGUCCAUGGUCCAGCGACAAGUGCUCGUGACGCUCCUCACGGUCGUAUGCAUCAUCGUCUCCAUGUCGGGCGCGAUGCAGAUCAUCGAGCUCUGCCCCGACCAGUGCGUUCAGUGGGGCUGCCAGGAUUUUUUACGCUCCGACGGCCACAAGUGUGUCAACAGUCUUCUCUGCAACGCUGGCGUCGGCGCCUCGCUCUACUGCUGCAACUGCCAGAGUCGACCGCUCUUUGACUGGAUGUACUGCAUUGCGGUGUCCAUGUCGACCGUUGGGUACGGUGACAUUGCGCCCAAGACGCGCCUCGGCCGCCUUACGAUGGGCUCCAUGAUCCUCUUCACGUUCGUCAUGAUCCCGCUUCAAGUGAAUGCGCUCGUUGCGCUCAUGUCGGAACGCUCCAAGUUUACGACUCGGUACACCGACUACAAGGCGCACCCAACCGCAGUCCUCCUCUCGGCCACGGACGCGAUCAACGCCACGAUGCUCAAGCACUUUCUACGCGAAUUCUUCCACCCCGACAGCCCAAAUUGGAGCGAGAACCUCUUGAUUUUGCACAUGAAGCCACCGAGCCCCGACAUUGUCAAGGUCAUUCACCAAUACGAGCCGCGCGUCAAGUACAUUGUGGGCUCGCCCCUCAACGUGCACGACCAGAAGCGCGCGGCGCUGCGCAGAGCCGUCGUCUGCUUCAUUGUGACGUCGCGCGGCCCCGGCGCCGACUCGCUCGACCAGAAAAGCUUGCUUCUCACCGCCGUGUGCCGGCGCCUCUUGUCACCCAAAGUACCCAUCCUCACGCAAGUGCUGUCGACCGGGAGUGUCCAGCACUGCGUCAUCUCGGGCGCGACCGCCGCCUUUAGCAUUGAACAGAUCAAGCUUGCGAUUUUGAGCAAGUCUAUCCACGCCGUCGGUGCCUCGACGCUGCUCUCGAAUCUCUUCACGACCGUGUCGCCAGCCUUUGAGCUGCCGCGCGGUGCCGCUUCGUGGGAAGCCGCCUACUUGCACGGGUACCGCCACGAGGUGUACCUUCUCGAGGUCCCAUCGCAGUUUGCUGAUCUCUCGUACGGCGAGCUCGUUCUCUUCCUCUACCAACGCUUUCGCAUCAUUUGCAUCGCGGCGGAGUCGGGCGACGGCCCCCAUUUUAUGCAUAGCGACCAUGCGCUGCCCCUCUACGACGACCAGACGUGUCACGUGUACGUCGUCGCUUCGGGCUCGAGCGCCAAAGACGAUGUGCGCAAGGUGCUGCUCGACGACGUGCGCACGUUCCAGUGGGAAUUGCACUUGAGUGAACCGCGCGUCCGGACGCGUCAGGUCGUUCGGUCAAGCCACGACAUUGAAGCGUCGCGCCAACGUAUUGACGCCAAGAAGCGCCAAAUGCUCAAGAUGCCAGUGUUCAUGAAGUACCUCGCAACGACGCGGACGAGCCAGGCGAACUCGGCGGUCGUGGCGAUGCGCAAGACGACGCGCAGCAACAGUCUCACCAAGGUCAAGUCGCUCCAGGACGCCAAGUCGCCGUUCGAGCUCUUUCUUGCAAAGCCGCUACCAGACAAUUUGCGCCGACAUAUCAUCUUGAUUGGGAUUCCCUUCUCGCUCUUUGACGUCGUGACCGCACUCAAGUCGAACAAGACGGACAUGAAGGACCACGACCAAGCGAUCGUCAUCAUGUCCCAGCACCCGAUGACCGAGGCGCAGUUCAAAAGCAUUUUUUGGUUCACGACAUCGAUCUACUUUUACCAAGGCUCGGCGCUCAGCGCGUCCGAUUUGCAGCGCAUUUCGAUCCAGCUCGCGUGCGCCAUCAUUGUCCUUGGCUCGGGCAGCACGAACCGGAAGCACUACCUCGACGACAACAUGAUUGACGCCGACGCGAUCACGACGGUGCGCUACAUCGUCGAGGCUUGUCAGCGCAACAAGGUCAAGCCCAAUAUGGUCGUGGAGCUCGAGAAGGCGUCGAACGUCAAGUUUCUCAGCCGCAUCGUGCAGACCCAUCGCGGCGUGCCGACCAUGAGCCCUAUCCGAAGCAUCAAGCGCGAGCUUAGCGAGGAACAGCAUGCGGAAGGCAACAUCACACCGCUGCCCGACAUGCCCCACACCUUUGAGCCACCGUACGUUUCUGGGCGCGUGUAUGUGAGCGGCAUCAUUGACCGCGUCAUGAGCGAGUGGUACAAAAAGCCGUACGUCGUGCCGAUCCUGGACAUGCUCUUGCACGGUCACACGGCCGACGUCUCCAAGCAGCGGCAGUUGUUUCAGGCGCCACUCCCGUUUGCACUCUACGGCAAGACCUUUGCCGAGGCUUUUUCCAAGCUCCUCAAAGCGGACGUCAUUUGUAUUGGGCUGCUUCACGGCGGGAGUGGCACGAGCUUUGUGUACACAAACCCACUGCCCGACACGGUCCUCUCCAAAGACGACCGUCUCUUCUUGAUCGGCGAACCCAGCGACAUUGUCCUUGCCUAGUUGAUCGACCUAUUUAUCCCGUCA